AUGGGAGCGCAUUGCCUUUACCGCCAUCGAAGCAACGUCUGCAACCACCGCACCGUCCUCGACCCGGUCGUCACCGCCGUCACACUCGGCCGGAAGAUCAGCUGCGUCACCUACAGAUUUAGACGAAGAAGGGAGCUCCCAUGGGAGCGCAUUGCCUUUACCGCCAUCGAAGCAACGUCUGCAACCACCGCACCGUCCUCGACCCGGUCGUCACCGCCGUCGCACUCGGCCGGAAGAUCAGCUGUGUCACCUACAGAUUUAGACGAAGAAGGGAGCUCCCAUGGGAGCGCAUUGCCUUUACCGCCAUCGAAGCAACUGAGGGCGACGUAUUCGUGCAACAACUUCGUGGCAACAACGUUCAUUUCCAGGAAGAAUCUGACUAAAGCGAUGAGCAUGAAUCUUAAGAGGAAUGUGUCGGAGGCGAAGAAGCAGGAUCGAGAGGAGAGGAAGAACAAGAGGGAGAAGAUGAGGAACGAGGAUUCGGUGUGGAUGAAGACCAUUAUAUUAGGGGAGAAAUGUAAGGUUCCGGAUCAAGAAGACGACAUGGAUGUCAUCUUUGACGGGAAAGGGAGGAAAGUUUCGACUUAUCACCCCAGGACAAUGAGCUCUUAUGGCUUGUCGAGAACCAAUUCCUCCAUUGAUCACACUGCGAUUCCUUCAUCUUCACAGUCAUUGGAUGGAGGAGACCAUCAUCAACGUAAAGUAAGCAAUGGGAAUAAUAUGGGGAAAAGGGAAGGAGAUAAAACAAACCACAAAAAGUAUACCAUGAACCUACUAAUGCAAAGCACAAGUCUCCUAAAACAUACCAGAAAUUCCACAAAGAAUACCAUAAAUAUUUCUAAUGGACACCAGAAACCUCAUAAUGCAAACCACAAACACGAUAAAGCAAAGCACAAAAACAAACCAGAAACGUCCUAA